UCAAAUUAUGGUUCCUACGGUCUGUUGAAGCGAUUCUGGGUGACAAAUCAUACACUUCUUCAGUCGUAUGUUUUGUUUGGCGUCCGUCGCUGUUUGACGUGUGUGUCCCGGUUCCUGAUAAAAGACUUCAGUGGGAAGCAGAAAAAAAAGAGGAAAGUAAGACCACAGAAACGGGGAAAGGGUCCGACGCGGUUGCAUCUGUGCCUGCGAACUUUUAUUGCAUAUGAUGAUCUCUCCCACAGAACUAAACACUUCGUGAUAAGUGCUCCUGUGUAAAGUGCUAAUAAAAAGUGUGUUGAACGAAACAUGAAGCAAGGCAUUAAUUUCUCGGAAGAUUAUGUACAUGCUUAUACGAGAUUGAUUAUGCGAGAAGAUAACAUGAAGUCAAUACUGCGUCUUCAAAUUCCCUGUUGCUGGCUGUUUUCUUAGCGUGCGAGUCGAAGCUCUCGGUAUCUGGGUCUUCGACCGCCGAGCUCUCCGGCAGAUCCGUCGGCUGGCGUGACGCCCGGCACGGGGACUGUCGGGCGGUGGCAGCGGCUCAUCCGAGGCCGUCACGGACCUCGCGGCCUCGCCACUGGAUAAUCCACGAAGUCUGACCCGACACCACUGCUGCCGGUGGAAAGCGACGGCCGACUGCACCCGUUUCGGAGAAACACACGACCGGCACGAGGAAGACAGACUCUACCAUGUCGACGGGACCACUGGCCCGCGGUGACGAGGCGGAGGGGCUGAAGACGCACAUCUCGACAGCGCUCGGAGGGCUGCUCGACCGAGCCCUCAAUAAUCAGCCGGAGAAGGGACUCGGCCCAAGUGGCUCCGCCCAUCUCGACCGUCCGCCGCCGGCCCGGUCGAACUCGGCGUACACCUCGGAGCUGGCCAAGCAAGUGCACCGGCUGAUCACGAAGCCGUCCCCGGCACGGCUGGUGCUGCUCCGUGCGACCGAGCGCGCCACUGACGUACCCGACGCGCAGCCGUACUACACCUGCUUCUACUGUGAGUGCCGGUUCGAGCAGCAGAGCACCCGCAACAGGCACAUGGGUCGGGCGCACAGGAGCGAGAUGAUCUGCUCCAGGUUGAAGCGGGAGAAGCCGGAGGAUGACCCGGACGACGUGGCCGUCACAGUCGAGUCCGACAACAGUUGGCGUGAACCGAACAACACCAUUUGGAUGCCUGGCGUGCCGGCCGGAGACACGGGAGGUGAUGGCGAUUUCCUCUGCCCAGAGACGAAGCCUUCGGCAGUGGGGUCUCCGGCCUCGGAGUACCCCCUCGGAUCUGGUGGCUGGCAGGAGACGGACGGCACGGGAGCGGUAGGCGCCGGCAGGGGCUCGCCGGGGUCCGCUGCGCCCUCGGCUUCGGCAGCGCACGUCACGGAGUGGCAACCGGCCAGCACGACGACAGCAGGCUCUGCCACGUCGUCGGAACAGCUGGGCCGCAGUGACCGGUCGACGGGGCUGAAAACACAGAUUUCGACAGCUCUCGGGGGGCUCCUCGACCGAGCCCUCAACAACCGGCUGGAGAGGGGACUCAGCCCGGGCCUCAACCGACAGACGCCGAGCCAGCAGCAGGAGCAGACGACACACCGCCCCGCGCCCACCUCCGCGUCGGGAGGGUCGUCGACGGGCCGGUGGCGACGUGUGUACGACACGGAGCUGGCGAAAAAAGUGCGGCAGCAGCUGAUGCCGAUAUCUUCCCGCAAGUUUCCGGUCCGACGGCGUGCAGCUGUGGGCGCUGCCGGCAACUCCGAAUCCCACCGCUACGCCUGCUUAUACUGCGAGAGCCGGUUCGACCAGCAGCUCAAUCACCAGGCGCACAUGAUACAGGUGCACAAGGACGAGAUGAUCUCCACCAAGCCGAAGCCGAAGCGCGUCAAGCCCGAGAACGACCCAGGUGACGCGUCUGCCGGUGAAGACUCCGACCACGGUUGGCGUGAACCGAGCCCCACCUGUUUGAUGUCAGACGCACCCUGCGGAGACACGGGAGGUGACGGCAGUUUCAUCUGCUCAGAGUCGACGUCUUCGGCCCCCGAGUGCCGUGGCGAGUCGGACGGCCGGUCGGAGACAGACGGUGCAGGAGUGGCGGGUGGCGGCAGUGGCCCGUCAGAGUCCGCCGAGACUGCGUCACCGGACACGACUGCCGACUCGUCGCGCGUGCUGACCUGCCCGCACUGCCUCAGACUGCUGGCGGGGAAGGACGCUCUGGCGGCACACGUCGCCGAGGAGCACUGGGCCAGCACGAUGACAGGCUCCACCACGUCGACGGGACAGCCGGGCUGUAGCGACCGGUCAGUGGGACUGAAGACGCAGAUUUCGACGGCUUUUGGUGGGCUGCUGGACCGAGCCCUCAACAACCGGCUGGAGAAGGGAGUCGGACCGAGGUUUCAGCAACUGAGCACUUACAAGAGACACCUGCUGCACGCGCACAGGAGCGAGAUGACCUGCUCCUGGUUGAAGCAGGAGCAGCUCGAGGUCGACCCGGGUGACGCGUCUGCCGGCGAAGACUCUAAUGGCAAGUCCACACUUUCGGCCCCCGAGUGCCCUGGCGAAUCGGACGGCCGGCCGGAGACAGGCGGCGCAGGAGCGGCACGUUGCGGCGGUGGCUCGUCAGAGUCCACCGCGGCUGACGAGGGCUCGGCUCCGAAUGCGACUGCCGACUCGUCACACGGGCCGGCCUGUCCGCACUGCCGCAUAGUGCUGGCGGGGAAGGACGCACUGGCGACACACGUUGCCGAGGAGCACCCGGCCAGUGUGGCGACAGACGACUCCGCCGAGUCGACGGCGACGCCGGGCUGCGGUGACGAUUCGAUAGGGCUGAAGACGCACAUGUCGUCAGCUCUGGGAGGACUGCUGGACCGGGCCCUCGACAACUGGCCGGAGAGGGGACUCGGCCGAGGUGGCUCUGCCCACCUCUCCAGCCCCGACCGGCCGACACCGAGCCACCGGGGACCCGCCGUACAGACCCAGCCGCGCAAGGUCGACUCGCAGCGCUACGCCUGCUUCUACUGCGAGUGCCGGUUCGAAAACCUGAGCGCUCACAAGUGGCACACGAUUCACACGCACACGAACGAAAUGAUCUCCUCCGAGUCGAAGGGAGUGAAGCCCGAGGACGACCCGGCUGACGCGUCUGCCGGUGAAGACUCCAACUACAGUUGGCGUGACCUGAACCCCACCAUUUGGACAUCGGACACACCUGCCGGAGGCUCGGGAGGUGAUGGCGAUUUCAUCUGCUCAGAUUGCGGCAUCAGCUUCAGAACUCUGCCGGAAGUAGAUGCACACCACGAAGCGGAGCACGGUCGGCCCGAGUCCCCACUGCGGGAGUCGUCGGCCGCGCGGGAUGCGGUCCGCGACGGCUGCACGGAGGGAGACGCCGAAUCUGGUUGGGCCGCUCCUGCCUCUCCGCCCGAGGGAGAGCUCGUGGAGCGGCAGGUGACGGAGGCGCACGUGCAGGACACGCGGGCCGUGUUCGACCUGACAGUGGUGGAAGCUGACCCACUCGUGCCUCCACAGCAAGAGAUUGAGACCAUAUUCGUCAAGGAAGAGACUUCGUUUCUGCACGAAUGGGAGUCGCCCGACGGUCUCAGUAUUGCACGGGAUCCCCUGAGCUUCGAGGAAGAGGUCGAAGGACCUACCGAUGAUCUGAUUCCUAUUUGUGAUCUGCAGACCAUUAAGACAGAGGUUGUCGAAGAUCCAUUAGCAGUCUCGGGGCUCAUCGACUGUAUUAAUGAGGAUCAAGACUUUGGUUUAGGAACGGAUACAACUGACGAAGAGGCAGCCAUCAGAGGACAUGCUUCACCUAUUACACGGAGGGCGACGCUGUCGGAGAUCAACGCCUACAUCGUGAGUCGCUUUCCCUACUACGAGCACAAGAAAGGCUGGCAGAACUCGAUUCGCUACAACCUCUCGCUGCACAGGUGCUUCGUCAAAGUGCCACCGGAGGGCGGCAACCGCAGAGGCGACUGCCGGAGUGGCUGUCGCAAAGGCAACUACUGGAUGCUCGACCCGAAAUAUGAGGCCAUGUUCGAGAAUGGCAACUUCCGACGUAACGGGCGCGUGAAGUGGUCGCCUUGGAGGUGUGCCGGGGCGGCGACCUCCCCCGCACUGCCCUCGGGCACCGGUGCCGUCUACCGCCCACACUACGCGCACCGGAGCAACCGCCAGCAGCCGGUGGCGCCCCAGUUGCAGGGCGCCCCCGUCGCGUUACUCUCGGGGCCCGCGCAGCUCCGGGCAGCAGCUCCUGCUGAGAGCGGGGGCGGAGACUUCGGCACCGGAGACGGAGCCGUAUCACCUCACGCGACCCUGCCAAACGCGGGGUAUGAGCAGAGGUCUAUUCAAACUUCUGAUGGGAAUGACAGUGCUUCAUUUGAAGAAAGUAAUCACCGAGAUGUGGCACCUGAUGAUGUGGUUGUGGAGCAAGAGAAGCCGACACCCUUCAUCAGUUGUAAUGUUCCGACACAAGGAAUUGUCUCACCAGAGGACAAUUCCAUCUGCAGUGCAGACGAUACGAGCACUGCAGACAAUAACAUUUCCGUCUUCACCUGCAGUUCGUGCCUAGAGAGUUUUUCGUCAAAAUACAGCCUCGUAAUGCACGUGUUCCUCCACGUCGACGGUGUGGAGCCGCCGUCACACGUGUGUAGAUACUGUGGAGAAGUGUUUCUCACUCGUCGCGGCCUGAAUAAGCAUUUGAGGACGAAAGACGGUGACGAGACUGUGAGUGUGCACACGUUUUCUGACACUAGACAAAAGCUCGUCUAAUCGUCUAGGAGAGGGAUGUGUUUGUACAGGGGGUGAGUUACACUGAAGCAUUUACUAAGUCAAGAAAAAUAACUACCGCCCAAAAUAAGUCCCGGGAAUUUCUCAUCCUGCUCUCAGUAAAUAAAAUAUUUUUGUUUUAUUCCAUAAAUUACAUAAAUAACUGUAUAUUAAUUCACGGCAAAGCUCUUCAGCUUUGAAUAUUGUCUGGUCAAAUAAUGUGGUUGUUUGUAUUAUAUAAAUUUUGUAAUUAGUUUAAGUUUGCUCAGUAAUGUUUGAUGAGUUGAUUUGUAGAUAUGGAGAUACUUUAUUUAAAUUCAUAUGUAUUCAGUGCCGCAUGUGUGGCAGAUACAGUGGAACAAGUUGAAUGAUACUUAAACAUAUACUGAAGAAACUGUGUUAAAUUUAUGUUCUUAAGUAAGUUACAUUCAUUGUAAUCUUUAAAGAUGUUGAAUAUUUUGAAGAUAUUUUUGAAACUAUUACCUUCUUGUUAAUACUCAUGUUAAGCUGUAAAUGUUACCUGUGAAAUAUAGUAUGUAUUUAUG